AUGGCGCCCAGAAAAGCAUCUAAAGAGUUCCCCUUAUUGGAAGCAAAUGGCUUGAUGACCUCGGAAAUCACAGGUGACGGUAAUUGUCUUUUCAACGCAUUGUCCGAUCAAAUGCACGGUCAUGAAGGCGAGAAUCUUGCCAUCCGCGCCAAAGUUAUUGAAGAGAUGCGUGCAAACCCAGACAACUACAAGUCAUUCAUACCAGUCGAUCCACGAGGACCUGGACGACGUAAUCCGAAACGAAAGAAUAAAGGGAGUGCAUCGGAAUCCCUACAAGAGACACCUACGGAUGCACAGAUCGAGGCGGCAUGGCAGGACCAUCUUCGUCGAAUGUCCCAAUCAGGCUGCUAUGGGGAUAAUACUGAGCUCGUAGCCUUCACCAAAGCCUACGACGUGAAUGUGGUGGUCUUCACAUAUCAAUCGCUCAUUUACCAGGUGAAGGCUGCGGAGGAUGGGGUGAAGAGACCUAUAUUAUACAUUGCUCUUCAUGAAUUCGAGCACUAUUCUACCGUACGAAAGAUCGGAGGCCCAUCGACCGGACCUCCCGAGAUCACAAUCGGUGACCCUGAAGCUCCCGCAGACAUGAACGCCGGUAUGGAGGGUAAUACCAUUCACAAUUGGCAAGUUGAUGUUGUUCAAAAUUCUCUUCCAACGCCUGUAGAGGAAUCUGUCAUACGUCAAUCGAUCAAACAACAUAAAGGAAACAUUGACAAUGCUGUUACCGAGCUUCUCGACUCGCAAUAUUACAGCAGCGCUCCUGGAACACCAGGUAAUCUCUCGGAGUCUGGCAACUCGAGCUUUUUUGAGCGGGAACAGGAAAGCGAGGACGAGUAUUCAUCCUGCCGAAAUAAACGAAGGAAUUUCGAUGGGGCUAGAGACGCGAAAAAACGGGUUCUUGGUCAACAGAACAAAGAGUUUGUAUAUGUACCUCUACCAUCAGUCGAGGUGACUGCACCUGAUGCAUACGAUUCGCGUCACCCUUCACCUGAGAUUCCAGCAAUCCAGCAGCUCAGAAAUAGUAGCGACGUUGCCUCUAUUGCCACCUCGGACGAUGAUAGCUAUUCUGAAUAUACAGCUUCCACUCAUAGCCGAGCACAAUCGGUAGCACCAGGCACAACUCCUCCAAGGCCACGUAUCAUUCUUCACACAGCAAGCCAAAAGGCGAAGCUUGCGAGACAACGCCAGCAAUCAGAUAGCCAAGAACCUACCUCAUCGGAACCAUCGGAACCAUCGGAACCCGUGACACUGGCAACAGCUUUAAGGGAGAUGAAGAAUAUGUCGGCGCGAGAGCGUAAGGUCUACAAAAAAACGCUCCAGAAAAAGCAGGCUAGAGUGCGGAAGCAAGAAAAGAUGCAAUCCGAUAGCAAACUUACCACAACUUCCGCCAACAUCAAGCGUGCCUCUCCACCGGUGGACAAAGUUCUCAGCUUGGGCAAGCUUUCGAUGAUUCAAAUUUAG